GACGGUUUCCUAUUAUAUGUGUUUGUGAUAACGAUCCGUGCUUAAUCAUAUUUGCACGUGUUUUGUUAAAGUUAAAAUUGAAUUAGUCGCUAGUUGGAGAAAGUUGUGUUAGUCUAAAAAUUAUAAUUUAUUUUGAUAAUAAUUAAUAGUAACAAGAAAACGAUAAAAAAAUUUUAUCAUCGGAUCAAAAAUUGCAAUGAUCAAUUUUAUGACGAACGGAAAAAGCUCGUUCUUCUGUUGUAUUUCCUCAAUUCUUCAUCAAACAAAUCUUCUAAAUCUUUGAAAGUGUACAUAUUAAAUAUUUAUUAAUUAUUUGUAUGACGAAUAUUUCCGAGAAUUAACUAAUCAAAUAUAAAUAUAAUAAACAAACCACUUUUGAUGUACAUAUAAUAUUUGAGGUUAAGUUUUUACUAAACUAUUUAAUUAAAAGAUGUGUCUGUCUAAUAACUUAUUUGACAAAUAACUCGAUUUAGUCGGAGGUUUAAUUUAUCAGAAGGUGAAGAAACCGAAUUUUUGGUUAUAAGUUAUCAAAUAAAACAUUGGAAUGUUUUUAGUAACAAAAGGUUUGGUCCCAGCUGUAAGAUAAAAAUGUCUGUCGUUACUUACGAAAAACCGUUGCAACACAUCAGCUUAGCUGAUUGGUAUGCAAAACAAUGGCAAAUGCAACAGACGAAUGAUACAAGAAGAAACGAUUCAUUCUGUUUAAGACAUGAAUUGAGACAACUAAGAAACGAGACCAGAAUUAGAACUGAAUGGGACACUUAUCACAACAACGUCAGAUUGGCAGACAGAAUUACAGAAACUGAUAGAUGGAGAGAUGUUUUAAUUUCUUGUUUGGAUAGAUUGAAUCACGAAAUUAAAUUACUCAAAGAUGAAAAAUUUGACACCGAAAGAGAACUGGAUGCCCUUGGAAUUCCUCUCGGUAUUAUUUCGGAAUGCAUUUCUAUGAGAGAUUGUAGACAAGGUACGGAACUCACUUACGAUGAGGCAGAUACCGAAUUGAAAAAGGAACUUUGUUUAGUAGAAAAUGUGAAAAAAAUGUUAGUAGAAAGAUGCCAGUCCGCAUGGGAGAAGCUAAACAAACUAGAAGAAGUUAAAUUUUAUCUCAAUCUUGAUAUUAACGAUAAAACUGAAGCUUAUGAAAUCGACAAAGAUCAAUUGACUUUGGACAAGAACUGUGCCAAUAUAACUUUCAAAAUAGAUCCUUUACGCAUUGUUAAAGGCUCAGUACCGUACGAAACGUGGCUAGAUCAUACCAGAAACACAAAACAAAUGGCGGACAACGAACUAACAGAUACAUUAAAACUACGUGAAUCUCUUUUCGUUGUCAGGGAAAGGGCUCGGAACGAUAUGUUGGCACAAAGAGAUAGAGUCGAUUUUACUUUACGUAAACGUAUUUAUGACAUACAAAGAGUGAGGAACGAGGUUGAAUGGCAACAAUUGAAAAUGAGAGAAGAAAUGGAAAAAGUACUAAAGGAAAUACAGGAUUUGGAAAUUGCCCUAUUAGCGAAAACGGACGCCUUAAAAUUGGCCGAAACAAGAUUAGAGAAUAGAUCCUACAGGCCGGGAGUUGAGCUCGCCCGCGAUGAAGCAGAAAAAGGUCUGAAAGAAGAAGUUCUUCAGUUACGCCAAACGCGCAAAGACUUACAAGACAAAAUCAAUUGUGCCAAAGCUACUUACAACGCACUCGAAGAUCAGCAAGUUAGAAUAGACAAUAAUCUUCUGGAUAAAGGUCAGGGGUUGAUGACGGAUUUAAGAUGUUUGGAUCUUAGAAUCCGAUUGAGAACCGGAGAAUUUGCUGGACCGGCGACUUCGACAGAUAGAAAUAUUCAGUUAACCAGAAUGGAAAAGGAAAUACCGCCAUCUUAAUAUUUGAUUAAAUCAUAUGAAUAUGGGACAUUAUUUUUCAGCACAAUAUUAAAACAUAGUAAUCAAUAUCUAGUGAAUACAUUUGUCUGAAUACAUUUAUACGUAUUAUUUAAUUCCGCCAUUAUAGGCUGGAUUUUUAUAGGAUUUUUAUAGCUUGAAUAAAAAAUUAAACUAGAAA